CCCCCCGGCUGCCACCAUUUCGGUGGCCCAGCUCGUACCCGCACGCGGCGGCGCGGGAGACCUGGCCGCAACGGAAAGCCGCAGCCGCAGAGGGGGCAGACAUGACCACUGCUCCCCAGGAGCUCCCUGCUCCUCCUCCCCAGGCAGGAAGCAGAGCUGGACCUGCCUCUGCAAGGGCCAUGCGCAGCACCACACUCCUGGCCCUGUUGGCACUGGUGCUGCUUUAUUUGGUAUCCGGGGCCCUAGUGUUCCAGGCUCUGGAGCAGCCUCACGAGCAGCAGGUUCAGAAGCAGCUGGAGGAUGGCCGAGACAAGUUUCUGAAGGACCAUCCAUGUGUGAGCCAGGAGAGCCUGAGGACAUUCAUGAAGCUCGUGGCUAAAACCCUGGGAGGGGGUGCAAACCCAGACACCAGUUGGACCAAUAGCAGCAACCACUCAUCAGCUUGGAACCUGGGCAGCGCCUUCUUUUUCUCGGGGACCAUCAUCACCACCGUCGGCUAUGGCAACACAGCCUUACAGACAGAUGCCAGUCGUCUCUUUUGUAUCUUCUAUGCACUGGUGGGAAUCCCGCUGUUUGGGAUGCUGCUGGCGGGGGUCGGGGACCGGCUGGGCUCCUCUCUGCGGCGGGGCAUCGGCCACAUCGAAGCAAUCUUCUUGAAAUGGCAUGUGCCACCUGAGCUGGUGAGAAUACUGUCUGCGGUGCUCUUUCUGCUGAUUGGCUGCCUGCUCUUUGUCCUAACUCCUACCUUCAUGUUCUCCUAUUUGGAGAGCUGGAGCAAGCUGGAAGCCAUCUACUUUGUCAUAGUGACACUUACCACCGUGGGUUUUGGCGAUUAUGUGCCUGGCAAUAGCCUCGGGCAGAACUCAGCCUACCAACCUUUGGUGUGGUUCUGGAUCUUGUUCGGCCUAGCCUACUUCGCCUCGGUGCUCACCACCAUCGGCAACUGGUUGCGAGCAGUGUCCCGCCGCACACGGGCAGAGAUGGGUGGCCUCACGGCUCAGGCUGCUAGCUGGACCGGUACAGUGACAGCACGAGUGACCCAGCGGGCCGGGCCCAGUGCCCCGCCGCCAGAGAAGGAGCGACCAUUCCUUCCCUCCUCCCUGCCGGCCCCUCCUGGUGUUAUCGAGCCAGCCGGCAGGCCGCGAUCCCCUGGGUCCCCAAAGAAAGCCAAGACACCUUCCCCACCAACGGCCUCAGCUCUGGAUUACCCCAGUGAGAAUCUGGCCUUCAUCGACGAGUCCUCAGACACGCAGAGUGAACGUGGCUGCGCCCUGCCUCGUGCGCCUCGGGAUCGCCGCCGUCCCAAUGCCCCCAGGAAGCAUUCGAGACCCCGGGGUCCUGGGCAUCUCCGAGACAAGGCUAGGCCGGUGUAGGGGUAGGGUCCCUACUCUGGGAUCCCCCCCGCCAGGGAGUUCUUUCUUCCUGAUGCACAGGCUUGUUUGGCUUAUUUGACCAAAGAGCCCUCUCUUGUUCAACUCGAUUGCAACCCUGGGAGUCCAAGGGUUGCCAAAUGCCACAGCUCUUCCCCGACUGGCCCCUCACAUCCAGCCAUUUCCAAAUCCCACCAUCCAAGGUUUUCUGUCUCGCUGUCCUAGCCCGGCUUGUCCCUCACACUUCACAUCUGUGCCUCAAAACCUGCACCAAUAAACAAAAAGUCUGCACCA